GAUGGGCAAAGGUCUCAACACCGCUUUCCCCUUGUCCCGGGCCUUCCCCACCCUCUGACAGGGGUCACAGGAUCGGCAGUACUGCCGGACGUUGGUGAAGAUCCCGGGCCAGUAAAAGUUCUGUAGCAGCCUCUGCCUGGUGCGCCGGAUCCCCUGGUGCCCUGCGAGAGGGAUGUCAUGGGCCAGGUACUGUAGCUUGUGGCGAAACUUCUGGGGAACCACCAGCUGCCUCCUGAUCCCCCACAACUCCACUUCUCCUGGGGGAGCCCACUCUCGGUACAGGAACCCCUUCUCCCACAGGAACCUCUCCUUGCAUCCUCUCCUCAUGGUCUGUACCACACUGAGGUCAGCCAGGCCCCUUAGCUUCCGCAGGGAGGGGUCCUUCUGCAACUCGGCCUGGAACUCGGCGGCUGGGGAAGGGAUGGGGACCUGCUCCUUCUCGUCGGCUGGGUCGGAAGCCCCAGCCACCCCGAGCCUUGUCCUUGGGUGUUCCCUCCCCACCCGGGUAGGGUUCGGUGCCUCCGGUGGGACAUCCUUCCCAAGGUCAGGGCGUAGUGCCCCUCGCCGGCUCUGGCUACGGGUCACGACUAAGGCGGUCUGGGGGCUGCUUGGCCAGUCCUCUAGGUCCCCCCCCAUCAACACCUCAGUGGGCAAAUGGUGGUGCACUCCCACGUCCUUGGGGCCCUCCUUGGCCCCCCAUUUCAGGUGUACCCUCGCUAUGGGAACCUUGAAUGGGGUCCCGCCCACCCCGGUCAGGGUCAGGAAGGUGUUGGGCACCACCCGAUCUGGGGCCACCACCUCGGGCCGGGCCAGUGUCACCGCUUGUCACUUGCUGACUUUCCAUGGGAACAGCAAAAGGGACAUCCCUGGCUCCAGGCCCUGCGCCAAGGCAGGGAGCUUCCCAACAACCCAGCAGAAUAGUCUCCCCGGGGCAGACGGGCGCAUUUCCGCUGACCCCGCUCGGACACGGCUGCAGCAGCUGCUGAAGCUUUCCAAUAGCGUUCAGCGUGAGGCAGACCCCCAGCGGGGGAACUGCAGCCUGCUCUGGCCGCUGGAGCCCCUCAGCCUGGGGGUCGAGUGGAGCCAAGCUGGGGGCUGGCCCCUGGCCCAGACGCUCCUGAAGGAGCCUCCCAGCUCUCAGCCUACUGAGCACUUGCUGCCUCGCCUGGGGCCCAGGGGGGCGGUGUCAGCGCUGCGCCAGCGGCUGGUUCUCUGCAGGACGCCGCUCUGGAGCCUCUCCGGGCAGGUGUUUCCUCCAGCCACACACGCUCGGGGCUCUUUGGCCCCCAGCACUGGACUCCGCGUUCCAGCAGCUGCCUCCCCGGGGCCGUGCCGAGGCAAAGCCCCUCACAGCUGGGCGUGUGGCACGACUGCCAGCCCCCCUCCCCCUCCGCGGCCACAUCCAGGGACUUCCCAGCCCGCCUCAGCAGCCUCUUCCCUGAAGGGCAAACGGGGCCGAGGGGUCCAGAGAGAAUUAGGGGCACCAGACAGGGCUGGGACACGCACCCGGCAACAGCAGAACCCGCAAACCCCAUGUGCUCAGACACCCCACUAG